CUCCCUGCACUGUUGCCUUGUAAACAAUUAGUGCAAGGCAGCUCACGCGAAACGGCGUUGGGUUUUCACAUAAAUCAACAGCAAUCACCAGCAAACCGUGUUCUGGCGUACACCUGAUUGCUCCCGUUGAAACAAAAACUGUAUUUCGGCGUAUUUACUGCAUUCUACACUGGACAUAGAGUGCUUACAAUGGCGGACACACAAGAUCGCAAGCCAGACGAAGAGGAUGAGGAGGAAGAGCUCGAUGAUACCAGCUACAAGACCAUCAAAGAUGCCGUUCUGUUUGCCAUUGAUGUCAGUCCUUCAAUGUUGGAGCGCCCAGCUCCUUCAAGCGACAAGAAGGCAGAUCGCGACUCACCAACAUCUGCUGCGCUCAAGUGCGCGUACCAAUUGAUGCAACAGCGUAUAAUUUCAAACCCUACGGACAUGAUGAGCAUCUUACUCUUCGGCACUGAAAAGACUGACUUGAAAGAUGGUGACAGCACAUUUCAGAACUGCUACUUGCUGUCAGAUCUUGAUGUCCCAUCAGCACAGGACGUCAAGAAAUUGAGAGAUCUAGUCGAGGAUGAGGAAGAGGCAGAGAAGCUGUUGAAACCAAACAAAGACGGAGCCAGCAUUGCCACUGUUCUCUUCUGUGCAAACCAGAUCUUCACUACGAAGGCGCCGAACUUCUCCUCGAGACGCCUGUUCCUUGUCACAGACAACGACUAUCCAGUCAAGGUGAAGCAGGAUAAAGAUGCUGCUGUGACGCGAGCCCGCGACCUGUACGACCUGGGUUGCACCAUUGACUUGUUUCCCAUCUCGCGUCACGAUCAUACCUUCGACCGAGCGCAGUUCUAUGACGACCUAGUCUAUCCGACUUCACCAUCAGACCCCGAUGCACCAGUAGCUAUCCCUUCCACCACUAAAAUCGCUAAGAGUGGCGAAGGUAUCUCGUUGCUAAGACAGCUUCUGUCGUCCAUCAACUCAAAGGCUGCCGCUCGCCGAGCACUGUUUUCUCUACCCCUAGAGCUUGGUCCUGGCCUAAAGAUCGGUGUCAAAGGUUAUCUUCUGCUCAAACGUCAAGAGCAUGUAAAAUCUUGCUACGUUUGGGUAGGUGGCGAGAAAACACAAAUUGUUAAGCAGUCUACGUCGCACAUGGCCGAUGAUACAGCGAGGGUAGUUGAGAAGACUGAACUACGCAAGGCCUACAAGUUUGGUGGAGACGCCAUCACAUUCACACCAGACGAAAUCACACAGAUACGGCAGUGUUUUGGUGAUCCUGUAAUUCGGGUCAUUGGAUUUAAGCCCAUAUCCUGUGUCCCAAUUUGGGCGAACACGAACAAGGCCACAUUCAUUUAUCCAUCCGAAGCAGACUUCAUCGGUUCAACGCGUGUCUUCUCAGCGCUGCAGCAGAAGCUCAUCAAGUCGAAAAAGAUGGGUCUCGUCUGGUUCAUCGCACGACGUAACGCAUCGCCAACUCUAUGCGCGAUGCUACCUUCUGAGGAGAAGAUUGACGAGGACGGCCAACAACAGAUGCCACCAGGUCUAUGGCUUAUCCCGUUACCUUACGCAGACGACAUCCGCCAAUUUCCCGAACAACCAGAGGAGCCUCUCAAGACCACAGAUGCGUUGACAGAUAAGAUGCGCAUCAUCAUGGAACAACUCCAACUGCCAGGAGGUGUAUACGACCCCUCUAAAUACCCCAACCCAGACCUGCAGUGGUUCUACCGCAUGCUACAAGCCAUGGCUCUCGAAGAAGACAUCCCCGAGGAGCCCGUCGACAAGACGGUCCCACGCUACAAGCAAAUCGACAAGCGCUGCGGCGAGUACAUCGAAGACUAUAGCAAAGCCUUCGCGGAAACCUACGCGCAGCUAGCCCAUAGCUCCUUGGCCGUCCGUGGCAAGCCUGCAGCAAAGAGGAGGACGGCAGAGCCUGAAGACGGAGAAAAGCCAGCAGCCAAGCGCGUGAAGGCUGAGCCGAAGGUCAAGAAUGAGGACGGCGGUGAUGGAGGGUUGACGGAUGAGCAGAUGGCGGGGCUCAACAACAAGGGGCAGAUCAGCAAGCAGACUGUUGCUAUACUGAAGGCGUAUCUGAGUCAAAGGGGACAGGCGGUGGCAGGAAAGAAGGCGGAUCUGAUUGAGAGGGUGCAGGAGUAUCUCGAGAGUAAGGGUAUGUAAAAGCUACGCGGCGUGGAUGGCGUUCUAAUGUUUAGAUGCAACAACACUCGACGCGCAGAUGAUAGCGAUUCGCUGUAUGCUCAGUUUGAGGAAACACAUGGUUCAGAGAAACGAGGACGCGUACGUUAACGCAAGCGUACAGUCAAACUCGAAGGUUCCUCCUGUAGGAGGAUCUUACUCUAUACUCCUAAAUUAUAAAGUACAUUCGAUAAAGAGUGUACAGAGCAGAAGUGCCUCUCUUAAACACAUCCAGUACACAUCCUCUUUAACAUACUGCAAGGGUGAGGCCUGGUUGGUCACUUAUUACGCUAUGCCGUGCUCCUGCACAGGAUUGUAACACAGCCCUGGGCAGUCAGUGAGGUAGCAUCGUGCACUGCAGUCUCUAGCACGGGCGACGGGACCAGCUGCCGGAAGUUGCCAGAAGAGCAAGCCUUC